CAAAAACAGAAAAUUCAGAAAAUAAAUCAGAGAAAAAUGUUCAACGCAAAAAAAUACAGAAAAAAUCGAAGACCACGAAAGAGCAAGCCAAAAAUAGCGCAAAUAUGCUUGAAAAAGAAAAAAAGAAUGUAAAUUUAAAAAAUAAUUUGGAGUGCAAUAAAGUGAAUCAAAAUUCGUCGAAAAAUAAAGAGAAUAAAAAAGUGAAAGAUAAAAGCACUAAAUUGAAUGGAAAGAAUCUAAAGAAAGAAAAUCCCGAGAACAAGUUGCAAGGAAGCGCCCAGUUACGUACAUCCCUUAAGUCGCCGCAAAUAAAAAACACAAAAUGUCAAUGCGAAAAAAAUUCCGCAAAAUGUUCUGAUAAUCAGUGUUCGUUGAAAGCAAAAGAAGAUUAUGAAAAGAAGAAACAACGUAAAAAAAGUCAAAAAGCAGCGAAAGCUAUCGAAGGUCUUAGCCGACAUAUAACAGUCGUCAAGAGAAAAAUGGAGUGCAUUAAAAAUGAUUUAGAAAGCAAUGAGUCGUUGGAUUUUAUUAAAGAGCCAUCAUGCUCGUCAUUCUCAACGUUUUCAUCUUCAUCAUAUUCCUCGUCUUGUUCGUGUGAUUGCAGUUCCUCCUGUUUAUGUUACGAUACGAGCGAAUAUUCAAGUGUUUUUUCGAGUUCUAGUGGGAGUAGUGAAAACAGCAGUGAAACUGAGACUGCGAGUGAAACAGAAGAUUAA